UGGGCAGUGGCAGCCAGAUGUGGAAUGGGCACAGUAGUUUGGGGGAGCUGUUAUGUACCCAAGAAAAGAAACACCCCACUGGAAGCCUCCACCUUGGAAUGAUGUGAACCCUCCAAAGGACACAAUGGUGAAGAACAUGACCCUGAACUUUGGGCCCCAACACCCAGCAGUGCAUGGUGUCCUGCGACUAGUGAUGGAAUUGAAUGGGGAGAUGGUGCGGAAGUGUGAUCCUCACAUUGGGCUCCUGCACCGAGGCACUGAGAAGCUCAUUGAAUACAAGACCUAUCUUCAGGCCCUUCCACACUUUGACCGGCUAGAUUUUGUGUCCAUGAUGUGUAAUGAAUAGGCCUAUUCUCUAGCUGUGGAGAAGUUGCUAAACAUCCGGCCUCCUCCCCGGGCACAGUGGAUCCGAGUGCUGUUUGGAGAAAUCACAUGGCUGUUGAACCACAUCAUGGCUGUGACCACACAUGCCCUGGAUCUUGGGGCCAUGAUCCCUUUCUUCUGGCUGUUUGAAGAAAGGGAGAAGAUGUUUGAGUUCUACGAGCGAUUGUCUGGAGCCCGAAUGCAUGCUGCUUAUAUCCGGCCAGGAAGAUUGCACCAGGACCUACCCCUUGGGCUUAUGGAUGACAUUUAUGAGUUUUCUAAGAACGUCUCUCUUUGGCUUGAUGAGUUGGAGGAGAUGCUGACCAACAAUAGGAUCUGGCGAAAUCGGACAAUUGACAUUGGGGCUGUAACAGCAGAAGCAGCACUUAACUAUGGCUUUAGUGGAGUGAUGCUUCGGGGCUCAGGCAUCCAGUGGGACCUGCGGAAGACCCAGCCCUAUAAUGUUUACAACCAGGUUGACUUUGAUGUUCCUGUUGGUUCUCGAGGGGACUGCUAUGAUAGGUGCCUAUGCCAGGUGGAGGAGAUGCGCCAGUCCCUGAGAAUUAUCGCACAGUGUCUAAACAAGAUGCCUCCUGGGGAGAUCAAGGUUGAUGAUGCCAAAGUGUCUCCACCUAAGCGAGCAGAGAUGAAGACUUCCAUGGAGUCACUGAUUCAUCACUUUAAGUUGUAUACUGAGGGCUACCAAGUUCCUCCAGGAGCCACAUAUACUGCCAUUGAGGCUCCCAAGGGAGAGUUGAGGGUAUACCCGGUAUCUGAUGGCAGCAGCCGCCCUUAUCGAUGCAAGAUCAAGGCUCCUGGUUUUGCCCAUCUGGCUGGUUUGGACAAGAUGUCUAAGGGACACAUGUUGGCAGAUGUCGUUGCCAUCAUAGGUACCCAAGAUAUUGUAUUUGGAGAAGUAGAUCAGUGAGCAGGGGAGCAGCGUUUGAUCCCCCCGCCUAUCAGCUUCUUCUGUGGAGCCUGUCCCUCACUGGAAAUUGGCCUGUGUGUGUGUGUGUACAUGUUCAUGUACACUUGGCUGUCAGGCUUUCUGUGCAUGUACUAAAAAAGGAGAAAUUACAAAAAUUAGCCGCCUUGCAGCCCUUAGGCCU